AUAAAAAUAUAAAUAUAUAAACACUUAAAAAUGGGCAAGAAAUACAAAAAUAACAAAAGGAAAUAAUAGAAUUUGAAAGAAGGAGAUUAAAUAUAAAAAAAAAUUAAAUCUUAUAGAUAAGGUUAAUAUACAGAAUGGAAUUAUGAAAAUGAAGUUUUUGAAAAAUAUUAUAGGUUUAUGUUUGAAGAGGAAUAUUUUAAAGAAAACAAAAGUGAGUUUGAUGUUUUUUGGAGUUCAAUGAAAGAAACAUUGCCAGUAGUUUUUAGAAUAAACAAAUUAAUUCCUAACUACUAAAAGUUCUAGAACGUAAUAAAAGAUAAAGAAUGUAUUUAUAAAUUCAUAGAAUUAAAGCGCAAUAAAUAAUAAUAAAACAAAAAUUAAUCUACAGAAGAUGAAAAAAAAUCAGAAGAAGAAAAAUAAGAAGAAAAUACACAGGAAUAAUAAUAAUAAUAAUAAUAAUAAUAAUAAUAAUAAUAAUAAUAAUAAUAAUAAUAAUAAUAAUAAGUGUAAGAUAAAAAUUAACCAUAAAUAAAAUAUGAAAAAUUUGAAUUUUCCAAAGAAUAAUUAUAAAAUCUAACUCUUAAAACAGUAGAUUUUUAUCCAGAUGAAGUUGUUUGGUAAAUAAACUGCAGUCGAGUUUAAUUAAGAAAAUCAGCUAUACUUAAAGAAUUUCAUAAAUACCUAUAAUAGGCAACUGAUACUGGAAUUAUUUCUAGAUAAGAAUUAGUUUCUAUGCUACCUCCUUUGCUUUUAAAUCCAAACCCAAACGAUAUCAUUUUCGAUAUGUGUGCAGCUCCAGGCUCAAAAACAGGGCAAUUACUAGAAUUAAUGUUCGAUAAAGGAAAACACGAAACUAAGGGUGUUGUAUUAGCUAAUGAUGUAGAUUAGAAAAGGGCCUAUUUAUUAAUGCAUUAAGUAUCAAGAAUAAACACUAGUGGUCUAAUAGUAAUAAACCAUCCAGCAUAGUUUUUCCCUAAAAUAUAAACAAGCGAUAAAAGAAGAUUCCAAUUUGAUAAAGUAUAAGCUGAUGUACCAUGUACAGGAGACGGUGCGACUAGAAAAAUACCAACUCAAUGGAAGGACUGGAGUACAAAAAAUGGAUAAAUAUUGCAUCCUUUAUAAUUGGCUAUUUUAAUGAGAGCAUUAACUGUAUGUAAAGUUGGAGGAUAGGUUUUAUAUUCUACUUGCUCCAUUAAUCCUAUUGAAGAUGAGGCGGUAAUUCUGGAAGCUUUCAAUAGGGCUAAUGAUGGGUCUUUUUAAUUAGUUGAUAUUCAUUCAAGAUUCCCAAGUUUAAAAGGGAGAAAGGGCCUUAAAAAGUGGAAAGUAUAUGUUUAAUAAGGAAAAGAACUUAAAAAAUUUGAAAAAUGGGAAGAUGUUGAUUUGAAACUGUAGAAUUGUUAAUAUGUCAAAAGUUCCAAUUUCUGUGGAAGUUUAUAGAGGAUGGAAGAAAUUAAAAUUGAAAAUACUAUGCGUAUUUUACCACAUGAUUAAAAUUCAGGAGGGUUUUAUUUAGCGCUUUUUUAGAAAACUAAAGAGGUUUUUUGGAAUAAAAAUAUAAAUUAGGAAGAAGAAUAAUUACCGGAUGCUUCUGAAAUUCCAAAAGAAGCCGAAAAGUUGAUGAAUGCUGAUCAGGAAGGAAAUUAAAAUGAUAAAAAACCUAUAUAAAAAAUUGUUAAGGAAACUUUCGUAAAAAUUUCGGAUGAGGAUUGGUAAAAUAUUGAAUAAUAUUAUGGAAUUUAAGGACUUGAACAAGGAUAAUUUGUUUCAAGUUCAGUUGGAACGUAGAAAACUAUUAGAUUUAUUACUAAACAAAGUUAAAUGUUUAAUGAACUCGAUACUAAAGGCUAAUUAAAUAUUGUUAAUAUGGGAUGUAAAGUGUUUGAAAAAGUAAAAGAAACAUUUUAAGGAAGCUUGUGUAAAUUUAGACUUUGCCAAGAUUCUGUUAAUUUAAUAUUACCUUUUAUUACUAAAAGAAAAAUUAAUAUUUCUUUAGAAUAAUUUAUUUAUUUUAUUAAUAACAAAAAUGUGACUUAUAAUUAAAUUUAAUAUGAAGAGUUUAAAAAUCAAGUUAUUUCUUUAGGUUAAGGGUCGAUUAUUCUUUAUUGUGAGGAAAUUCAUGAUUGUUUGGUUUGCUAAAAUUUCCAUACAUCUGUUAAUAUUAUGGUUAAUAAAGAAAUGAUUGAAUCAUUUAAAAUGAGAUAUAAUUGAAAUAAAUAAAAAAAUUUUUUAACAAAAAAUUAAAUUUAUUAUUCAUUUUAUGUUUUAUUACAUUUUUAAUUUUUAUUUUAAAUUAACUAA